AUGGCAGUCUCACUCUCUACCGCCAAAUGGCUGGCCCCAUUGUCUUUCGCUGUCGACUUUGCGGCUCAAAGUUAUGGCAUGCUCAGUACACCCAACAUGAAGUCUGUACAUGAUGCCAACCUCUCAUUUUGGUCGCCUCAACCUUUCUUUAUUGCCGGGUUCUUCUUUCCCCAACAACUCUUUCAGCUUGCGUGGCUUUACCGGCUGUACAAGGCAGAUCCAAAAAUAGAGCCCAUGGCCCCCGAUAUGGGUACAAUGGUUGAUUUUGCGCCUUUCUAUGCCAUCGGAAACUUCUGCAUUGCUACAUGGAUGAUUUUUUGGAACAAUUCUAAUCUGAAGAUCUCGAAUAUCUUUGUCAUUAUUAACAGCCUUGCUCAACUGUACUACAUCUUCAACCGUCUUCCGCCUAUGAAUACCAAAUCUGUCAACUCUGUCCUCACUCAUGUCGUUGCCAAGACAUUCGCUGGCCUCGGCGUCUUGGACCUGUUACAUAACGGCUCAGUUGCAUACUUCGUGCAUCAGCAGCCAACUACCACCGUCAAGGUCCUUACUGGCGUAGGCUUCGGAUUGCUAUCGACCGUUAGCGACUGGAUCUUCGGGGGAUGCCUAAUCUAUGACUUGAUAGCACUAUCAGUCGGCCAAUCUGCCUACGGUAACGCUGGUUGGGGUAGGCUCCUAGGAAUUUACGCCGGCGGAGCUGCCGCCAUUGUUGGCGCCCGGAACUUGAUGAGGCCACCAUACGUCAGCCAGAUCACAGCCGAUUAUCAGCCUCUUUAG